CUCGUGGACCGAACUGCAGAAAAGAAGACAAAUCCGGAACAAGGAAUAUUGGUUGCAAGCCUCAAACCCGAGUACUACUUCAAGACUCAAUGGGAUUCGGAGAAAGAUGCGUUUUUGUUCCAACUCUAUCUAUCCGAAAAGAUGGUGACACAUAGAGGGAUUCUGUCUUCGUUGGCCAGCCUUUACGAUGCAUUGGGGUUCUUCGCAUCGUGGCUACUGCCGGGCAAGAUUCUGUUGCAAGACACGACUCAACCCAUCGAUGUGUUUUCCGGCAAUGGGUCCAAUUUCGUCGAUGCACAAAAGGAGUUGAGCAAAUGGUUGGAAAAAUGCGCCCAACAAGACCGACUGUCACUAUCUGGAACCCAAUGGCACUUCAACCCACCCUACAGCAAUCACCGCGGAGGAGUUUGGGUACGGCUUAUACGAUGCGGACAUUUACAUUACCCUAAGAAAGAAUGUGUUAUGCAAUAUGAAGAUGAACUUUCGUACUUCCGAAUAGCUCCAGAGGCACUUGGCGAUUGCUGCUACGAAGACUAUCACGACAGCAAACGGGAAAACUCAGAGAGACUCCUGGAAGAGAAAUCAGUGACAAAAGAGUCUGCAGAUGUUCCAAAAGAUUUCCGCAGCCGGCUAUGGCAUGCAUUUGAAAACCCUGAAUUCUCAACUACUGCAAUUGUUAUCUACUAUGUGACUGGAUUUUUCAUAGCUGUGUCGGUGUUUGCAAACAUUACGGAAACUAUCCCGUGUGGACCGGAGCCUGGUUUAUUAAAGCAGCGAGCAUGUGGUGAUCGCUAUGUGGAUGCAUUUUUCUGUUUGGAUACAGCUUGUGUUGUAAUCUUUACAAUUGAAUAUUGUGCCCGGAUGUACGCUGCUCCUAAUCGCUGGAAAUUCUUUAUAACCGUAAUGAGCAUCAUUGACGUUGUCGCUAUAUUGCCGUUUUACAUAGGACUGCUUAUGCCGGAUAAUAAGUAUCUGGUUCUUCGACUUUCGCUCACAAUCCCGUUGCCAAUCUCUUUAAGUGCUCGCGUAGCCUCGAAUCUUGUGAGUAAAUGGGCUGAAGAGAAAGAGAACGAUUUGUGGAGUAAAAGUAGCUUGAUAUCAGUCUUCUCAAGAGCGUUCUGGCAAACAAUUGAAGCCUGA